UUCAGAGGCAUUGCAUCCCCAAACUCUAAGGAAGGAUCGAGAAGCAGGAAUGGAGAUGUGUCCGCCAUGAAGCCAUUGUGGGAGUUCCCCAAACUGAGCCAGGUUAGAUGGAGCUAAGAGAGAGUCCCAGAUCUCCGACGGAGCAAAGUCCUACCCUCCAGAACACAGGUCUGGAGUGCCAAGCAGUUCAAAGGCAGAACGCUCAAGAGGCAGAGGAGAAGGCAAUUGCCGGCUCAGAUAGCUCUCAACAAUUAGGCCUAUGCGAGAAGUUGUUAAGCAAAUCAGUCUUCCAUUCUCAGAAGGAGGGAGAGAAUUUGGAAAACAGACUAAAAAUCAAACAACGGGCAAGAGAAAAUAUGAUGCAGCCCCUUCUUUGUGGUGCAGGCGAUAAAAACAAUGACGAUAAAUGCAAGAGGCCACCCGUCUGCAGCCGAUGUGGGAAGAGCUUCAGUAACAGCGCCAACCUCAUUGCUCACGAGAGAAUCCACACCGGAGACAAACCGUACGAGUGCCGUUGUUGCGGGAAAAGCUUUGGUAAGAAAUCGACUCUUGUUGCUCACCAGAGAAUCCACACACAGGAGAAACCGUACGAGUGCUGCGUGUGCGGCAGAAGCUUCCGCCAGACCUCCAGCCGCAUUGCCCACCAGCGGAUCCACACGGAAGAAAAGCCCUACACCUGCCCGGAGUGCGGGAGGAACUUCAGUUUGAAAUCUAGCCUGGUCGCCCACGAGAGAAUCCAUACAGGAGAGAGGCCCUACGCGUGCGCCGAGUGCGGGAAAAGUUUCAGCCAGAAAUCCGCCCUGGUUGCUCAUGGGCGAAUCCACAAAGGAGAGAGGCCCUACCCUUGCUCGGUAUGCGGGAAAAGUUUCAGCCAGAGCUCCAACCUCAUUGCCCACGGAAGAGUCCACACCGGGGAGAAGCCCUACCACUGUGCCCACUGUGGGAGGAAGUUCGCCUGCAGCUCCAGCCUCAUCCGGCACCAGAGGAUCCACGCGGAAGACAAGCCGUAUGGAUGCGCCGCCUGCGGGAAAACCUUCAGCUGCAGUUCGAGCCUCAGCAGACACCGGCGGACACACACCGGGGAGAAACCCCACGAGUGCCCCGAUUGUGGCAAAACCUUCAGCGUGAGCUCACAACUCAGCGUGCAUCAGAGGACACACACGGGAGAGAAGCCGUAUGAAUGCCUGGACUGUGGGAAGAGCUUCAGUGUGAGAGCGAGCCUUAAUGCCCACGAGAGAAUGCACACUGGUACGAAGCCUUAUCAAUGCUCCCACUGUCCCAAAAGGGUUUAUCUGAGGUCCAGUCUCACGGCGCACCAGAAAAUGCAUGGAGAAAAGCCGUUUGAUUGCGCGGAUUGCGGCAAGACCUUCGCAUGCAGCUCCAGCCUCAUUCGCCACCAGAGAAUUCACACGGGGGAAAAACCAUACAACUGUGCGGACUGCGGGAAAACCUUCCUCUUGUGCUCCAACCUUAUAGCACACCAGAGAACUCACACGGGAGAGAAGCCAUACCAGUGCUCCGAGUGUGGCAAAUUCUUCAGCGUGAGUUCACAGCUCAACGUACACCAGAGAACACACACGGGGGAAAAGCCGUAUGAGUGUUCCCACUGCAGCAAGAGCUUCACGUGUAGCUCUGGCCUUAUUAGGCAUCAGAGGACCCACACCGGAGAGAAACCGUAUCAGUGCUCUGAGUGUGGGAAAAGGUUCAAUCUAAGUUCAAAUCUCAUCACCCAUCAGAAAACCCACGCUGGAGGGAAGCCCUAUAAAUGCGUGUACUGCGGAGAAAGUUUCUAUACAAGGCCAAAUUUUGUGGAACAUCAUAAAGCCAGACACUUGGAUGCUCUAAGUAUGAAAACAGAUGAAAGCAAAGUUAAUUGCAACUCUAAAUCCAUUAAUUUCCAGGUAAACUAUGUAGGAUGGGACUGAUAAAAUUGGUGAGGAUGAGUCUGAAUCCACUGGAAAACUUUACACAUACCACUUCGUGAUGGAUAUUCUGUUGUUCCACCACACUGGGUCCUAAGCCUUAUAUUUGGGAAGUGCUAGUCAUCUCUUGGAUGUAAACAUCCCUAAAAUCCAUGCUUUUUUGGGUUCUGCACCUACAUUUUUUUGGAAACAAUUUCAAGGGAGGUGGAACGUGCAGAAAAGAAACCUUUUGCUUAUUCACAUUUUAUGCCAUGAUGCACCAUCAAGUAGCAAAGCGCCAAAGUUGUAAGAAUGGGACUAAUAAUUCAACAAAAAUAAGAACCAAAUUUUUUAAAAAU